GUAAAACGAUUCGAAUCCCUUCCGCGAGCCUAUAGAGGUAUUGGAUGGCCUUUAGUUCUGGACUGCGCACCCAGACCGAGACCAAGAGUGUUCUGGCUCCCUAUAGUGGUCGAGGUGAGUGGUGCGGCUCCUGCAUCUAUACAGUGGAUGGCGGACACAACAACAAAGAUCCGAGCCACGCACCCUCACACCUCCACCUUCAUGCUAUUCGCCCUUGGACCUGUGUGCUGCAUGUAUGGGGUGAACAAAUAAAAGCUUAAAAUAAUGAAGAGGAGAAAUGUGGAUUGUUCUAAGCUUCGUAGACCCAUAAGACGGCCCAGAAUUAGUGAAGGAUUAUACGGGAGCACCUUUGUUUACAUCAAGUUUCUCCUGGUAUGGCUACUGGUGUUGGCGGCAGACUUUCUCCUCGAGUUUCGCUUUGAGUACCUGUGGCCCUUCUGGCUCCUCCUCCGCAGUGUGUACGACUCCUUCCGCUAUCAGGGUCUGGCCUUCUCAGUGCUGUUCGUCUGCAUGGCGCUAACAUCAGAUAUGAUCUGCCUCCUCUUCAUCCCAGUCAACUGGCUCUUCUUUGCGGCCUCCACCUAUGUCUGGGUUCAGUUUGUCUGGCACACAGAGCGAGGGGUGUGCAUGCCCACGGUAAUUCUGUGGGCACUCUUCAUCUAUAUAGAGGCUUUAGUUCGCCUCAAAGAUAUUCGAAGCGUUCCCUUCCACCUAGAUCUCUGCAGACCCUUCGCUGCGCACUGCAUCGGCUACCCAGUGGUGACGCUUGGCUUUGGUCUCAAGAGUUAUGUUGGGUAUCGCUUGAGACAGAGGAAGCAGCGUGAGGUGGCGAAAGAGAAUGAGUUCUAUCUGCAGCUUCUUCAGGAGGCUCUUCCGCCCGAGCUGCAGGCCACCUCUAGUCCAGACAAAUUGAAAGAGAAGAGAGAGGAGAUCACAUUGAAUGGGGAGGUGGAAGUAGCCACAUCCUCUCUCAAUCACACUGGUGGAAGCUGUAACCUCAGUAGCAGUUGCAGCAGCAGUAGUAGUAGUAGCAGCAGCAGCAGUAGUAGCAGCAGCAGCAGUAGCAGUAGCAGCAGUAGUAGUAGCAGUAGCAGUAGCAGUAGCAGCAGUAGUAGCAGUAGCAAUGGGGUGUGUGGCGGUGGUGGUGGUAGCCGGGGUGGGAAUGGGGGCCGGGGAGUGCGGGUGGACAGCCGGCCCCCAGAGCUGAGUCAGGGAGGGGAUGAGGGCACUUCCCCACCCCCAACCUCAAUACACCACCGCCCAGAGAAAAAUCGUCUCCCCAAUGGCUCCACAAUACAUGCUGAACUGGAAUACAUGCAGAAGAAGGGAUGGUCCAAUUCACGCUCUGUUAAUGACUAUGACGAAAGCCUCGAGGCAGAGAAGGACAAGAAUGCCAAGAGCACCUCACCCACUUCCUCUGGUGGUAGUGGAGUUCCCCCUCCCUGUGGUGGCUCGUCGGGGCCUCACUCUCCCAGCCUGACCUCCUCACCCAUUGAGGGGGAGAAGAAGAGAGUCAAUGCAUCCAUGCAGAGCAAUGGUUCUGCCAAGCUGCCCGGCUCUCACACCAACAACCUCAGAGACUCGGGUUCGGGUGGUGGUGGCGGUGGUGGUAGUGGGGGCUCCUCGACCUCUUCACGCGAUAAGAAAAACAAAAAUAAGGAGAGCAACAAGGAUAGCUCUCAUGCUGGCACAAAGGAUGAUAAUGUCAGCAUCAUAAGGUUGGAGGCGGACAUCAAGAGACUGAAGGCGGACCUGCAGGCAUCACGACAGACCGAGCAGGAGCUGCGCAACCAGAUAAACCAUCUCAUCUCCAGUGACAAGAUCACACAGCAGGAGAUGAAUCAGCUCCAGCAGGACAAUGACAACCUGCAGAAUAAACUCCACGGGCUGGUGACAGCGCGCCAGAAUGACCGCGCCACCAUCAGCAACCUGGAGCGGCGGCUGCAAGAGGAGCGCCAAGCCAGACAGGCGGCCGAGAAGCAGGUCACUGUGCUGGAGCGGCGGCAGAAGAAGGCCGAGGAGCAAGCACAGGCCAGAGCACAAGCCCUCGCCAAUGCCAAGAAUGAGUGCAGCGAGUCCUGCCGUGGUCGCCGCAAUGAGCUUGAGUCAGAGAUCAAGCGCCUGCGUCGGGACCAGCGCAUCUCGGAGGACCGGGUGCACACUGUGGAGCGGGAGAACAUGGCGCUGCGGCAGUACAAGGACAUCCAGAGUGAGACGGAGGUGCUCAUGUCCGCCCUCUCUAUCAUGCAGGACAAGAACACCCACCUGGAGACGUCGCUGUCUGCAGAAACGCGUGUCAAGCUUGAUCUCUUCUCUGCUCUUGGGGAAGCCAAACGCCAGCUGGAGAUCUCACAGGGGCUGGUGAGCUCCAAAGACAAGGAGAUUGAGGAGCUGAAGGCCAAGAUCACUGAGGUCCUGGCAGUGUGUCCCCCCCACCAGCUUCCCCAAUACCACCCUUGUUUUCUCUCCCUACAGGUGACAACCUCGGGGAUGGAGGCAGCCCCGGCAUCUCUAGUAAUGGUGGACGGCCUCAUGGAUACCUCGCCCCUCGAGUCCCUCUGUGGCCUGGCCUUCUCCCCAGCCCCAGCCCCUCCUCUGGCCCGCCCACACACUGUCUCCCCUCCAGUCCCAAUCUCGCCCCCAGUGCCCCUCUCCCCACCCGUCCCUCUCUCACCCCCAGCCCCGAUCUCCCCCCCCAUCCCCAAGAAGCCCCAGCACUCGACUCUUGAUCCCAAUGCCCGUGUCUACACCCCCAAGGGAACUGUUACCUCUGAGGCCUGAAGGAAAGGAUGCAGCAGAUGGUAACCCUUUCACUCCUCUUCCUUAUCCUACUCCUCAUCCUACACUUCUUCCUUCUUUUCUUCCUCUAUUAUCCACCAGAUAUACUUAAGUCCUCUCCUGCCUUUCUUUUUCUUUCCUUUUCCAUCAUGUUUCCAUGCCAUCUUCAUAUUUUCCUUUUCCUUUCCUUACCAUGUCUUUUUCCUGGUCUUCCCCCUCCUCCAUCACCUUCCAUCCCUUUGCAAUCCCAUCCAGUUUCCUCCUCCUCCUCCUCCUCCUCCUGUGUUAGGUAGGCAAGGUGGGAUGCUGUGGACAAGCUUGAUCUUGGUAGCAGUUUUCAGUUUUUCUUAGUUUCUUAGUUAUCUUUCAGUUUUGUUCUGUCCCUGCCCCUUUUUGCCCACUCCUCCUCCUCCUCCUCCUCCUCCUCCUCCUCCUCCUCCUCCUCCUCCUCCUCCUCCUCCCUAAGACAAAUAUUUUUUUUUCUUCUGUUUACAUGUGUGUGUGUGUGUGUGUGUGUGUGUGUGUGUGUGUGUGUGUGUGUGCAUGCAUGUGUGUGUGGCUUUCUCUGUUCAUGUUUCCUCAUUGUCAUCUUUUUAUUUUGUCCUAAUUUUCAGUUCCUUAUAAUUCAUUCUCACAGUACACACACACACACACACACACACACACACACACACACACACACACACACACACACACACACACACACACACACACACACACACACACACACACACACACACACACGGCCAUCUCCAAACUCAUCCCCCUCCGAAAAAAGUUUAGUGCUUAAACUUGCUGCUGAAAAAAAAAAAGAAUCCUGUGAAUAGCUUUAUUUUUCUAUGAAAUUAUUUUUUUGUCUGCAGGAUGUGUGUGUACGUGCGUGUGUAUGUGUGCUUGUGUGCGUGUAUGUGUGUGUGUAUGUGUAUGUGUUGUGUGUGUGUGUGUGUGUGUGUGUGUGUGUGUGUGUGUGUGUGUGUGUGUGUGUGUGUCAACGUCCCUGUGUUUACAUGCAGAGCUCUAUAUAUUUAUAAACAAAUAUAUAUAAUUUUAUAGAAACCCUGGUGUUUUUUGGAAAUGUUGAGUUUUAAUGCAGUGCUUUAGCAAAAUUUGGUAAUGUCUGGUUAUGGCAUAGCUUAUAUUUGCAUUGUUUACCUGACCGCCUUCUUAUUUUUUUGCAUCCCAAGUGCGCUGUGCAGUUUAGCUUAAUUUUUAUGAUUAUGAUUUCUUUGUUUUUCUAAGAUAAAAAGUUGUAAAAUUUUCUUCCUACUACUUUUUUCUUACAGUUCCCUCUGUCAUCACUGUUGUCUCACUCUCAUCCUCUUUAUUCCUUCACUCUCUCUUCACAGCCAAUCUCAUCUCCCAGUCAUGUGUUUCUCCCUCUUCUGCCAAGCUUCUCAAUACAUCAUGCCCCAUUCCUCUAUUACUGUGGUCGCAAUGUUGCUCACAAAGUGUGUUUGUGUAUGUUUAGAAAGGUUACAUAGUUUUGUGUGUGGACGUGUAUCAUGGAGAUGGCCUGCUGUAUGUGUGUGUGUGUGUGUGUGUGUGUGUGUAGCAGAAAAGAAAUGCUUAUUUUGCGUAUUUGGCAUUCUUGUUUUUGUUUUAUUGUCACAUUGCUUUGUUACAUUUUUUUUUAUAUCAUUCCCCACCAAUAUAUUCUGUCCCUUACUUAUUUUUUCCAUCUCAGCAACACACACACACACACACACACACACACACACACACACACACACACACACACACACACACACACACACACACACACACACACACACACACACACACACACACACACACAC